AUGUUCCGGGUAAUUCUGGUGGAUAAGUCAUGGAAUUACCAAAAAGCUUUAAUUCAGAAGGGUCCCUCAGAAGGGGUACCUACACAGACUGCAACUACAAGAAAGAGCAGUACUUCUGAAUCUUCAAAUUUUUCAACUUCCGAGUCCUCUGAUUCUGAGCCCCCAAAACACAAAAAAAGAAAGGUUAAGGAGAAACACAGAGCGAAAAGACAUAAGAAAUCAAAGAAAUUGACUUCUGACUAUUCCAAAAGAGUGCAUACCCCAGAAGAAUCGCUGAAGAGGUACUACAAGGUAUUAAACCUUGUAAAACAGGGCCUGAGUAAGGCAGAGGCCUACAACAGACUAAACGUUGACAGGAACACAAUAGUCAUCCAGGCUCCAAUUGCAGAGUUAGCAGCAGCUAAUCCAGAAUCAUUCCGCAAGCUAAGGCAGAUGUUUAAAAAGGGAGAUAGCAUCCUGAAAUUUGCCGAAAGCUGUCUUUGUCUUUGUAAAGAAAAGGCCAAUGAGGAUGUGAUUAAACAAAUGAAAGAGGCAAAUGACCUGCUUGACAUAAAUAAAAAAUGA